CUGCAGUUCCGGCUACCUGUGUAGUCCGAGUUUCCACAGCCAGGUACUACUCCACCAGUGACCCUGGACAGUAACAAAACAUAUAAAAGCCCGAGCCCAAACCCCGCCACCAUCAUAGGUCAGUAGUUACUGUGGAAUCAGUAAGCCAUGGCAUCUAAGAAAUUUGCUGUUAAAUGUGGGAAUUUUGCUGUCCUCGUGGAUCUUCAUAUCUUGCCACAAGGUUCAAACAAAGAUACAAGCUGGUUUUCUGAACAGAAGAAAGAGGAAGUCUGUUUACUGUUAAAAGAAACCAUUGAUUCAAGAGUUCAGGAGUACUUGGAAGUUCGCAAACAGCACAGGCCAUCAAAUGCAGAAUUCACAAGAUCCAAUCCCUUGUCCUUAAAAGGUUAUGGCUUUCAAAUCACAGCCUAUUUCCUCAAGAGAGGGAUACGCCUUCGCUGCAUCAGGAGCACACAGAAUGAUGAACUCUGUGUAUUCCCUGACAGAUUUGUGGUUUGUGUCAGUCAGCUUGCAUUCAGUCGUGAUCUUUUAGCAAAUCAGAAUGAAGAUUUGACAGAAAGAGUUCUCCAUGGAGUGUCUGAUUACUUUGCUGAGUGUGCAGAGAGUUCACUUCCUCCCAGUGCAAAGCUCCGGAGAAAUGCUCUGAAAGAAAUUGUGAAAAGAACUGAAACAAAAAGCAGUGUCAUGAGCAAAUCACAGACCAGAAGAGACACUGUGGAAACAUCUAGUGACUCAGUGAUUGCAGAGAUAGCAAGGAGGAGGAAUGAUGGUCAGGCUUCCUCCAGUCCCCCAUCAGAAUCCACGGGACAAGCAGAGGAUUACAUGAAGGCAGCUGAGAGCCACUGGGGGCUUCCUGUUCAAAAGCUGGAAAAAGUUAAUCAGACCCAGCCAGAAGACACUAGUGGCCAGCAAAAACCUCAUCCUGGGGAGCGGUUAAAGACAGGGCUUCUAAGCAGGAGCCCUGUCUGUAGCUGUGAGUCAGCAUCACCAGGUCCAAAACAAAGUCCACGAGUGGCCAGAACCCAACAGAAACGCAGGAACUGCAGCUCUGCGGAAGACUUCGACCACCACAGGAGAGUUUCUCUUGGAAGCGAUGGAUUAGUCCCUAGAGAGAUAAUAGUGGAAAAAAGCAAAGCUGUCAGGCUUUUGCCAGCUUCAGAGUUGUCAGAUCCAGGGUUACUUUUGAAACAAGAUUUGGCAAAAACCACGUCUAAGGAAGAGUUGCAUGUUUUGGAAAGUCUCUCCUCCAGACAUCUUAUGAAAAAUAACCCAGGGCAGGCACAGCAAACUGGCUCAGCCACAAACACUGAAAGGUUAUCUGCAAUUCAGAACAGCCCAACCAAGAAAAGAAAGAAAUAUGAAAGAGGCCAUUAACACUGAAGAGGAUUGCACCGUUGGAGUUGAGGACAUAGUGGCCAAACCUGUGACAAGGGAGCUGUGAAUAUAGAUGCCGGGAUUUUAAAGGAAUUAAUUAGAAUGACUAAUUUAAAUAAGAAGUGUGUUAUCUGUGUUAUGGCUAUGGUUUGUUUUCAAAGCAUUUCAAACCAGGAGGCUAUAUGCUUGUUCUAACAGCGUUGCUUCUUUAUCAUUGUAUUUUAUGACUGUCUUCAGAGUAAUUAGUGAUGACAAAGAGCCAUCCACCUUGUCAGGGAGGAGACUGUGCAAGGACUGCAUGAAGAAACUGAUCAUGAGCCCCUUCCUGGCACAUCACUGUGCAGACCACACAAUGGACCACGCAAAGACAGUGCUGCCGUGCUGCCAUUCAGCUCCAGGGGUACAAUCCAUCCCCCUGCUCCUCAGCCUGAGUAGGAGGGCAGUGAAGGAACAGGCUAGUGGUUCUUAGUAUGUGGUCCUGGGACCAGCUUCGUUGUCUGGAAAUGUGCUAGAAAUGUGGUUAUUGGGCCCUGCCCCGUGCUGAGUAACUGCCUUUGGGUGAUUCUGAAACGUGCUCGAGUUUGAGAACCACUGGACUAAUAGAACACUCCCCGGUGCUUCCUUCAGCCUGGCUGCCAUGGCCUCCAGCUCACCAGUUGGGGCCAGAUGUGCACAUGCAUCCCCUCGGACUCCCUCAAACUUGUAAAACACUUGGGUUUGGUGUAUGGGUCACUCUCUUCCUGGGUUCUACGGUAUGGCAGCCAUGGCACCCACGAAGGUGUUACUUACCCUUAUAAUUGUUGAAGUUGAUGGACAAUUUUGCCCAACCUUAGGAGGAGACAUCAGAGAGGCUCGUUGUUGCCUGUAGCUCAAGCACGUCCGUCCCUGCUCUUGCACCCACCUCCAGGAUUUUGGUUUGGGACAGACUAUAACCUAACGGGAACUCAGUUGACCAGGUUCCAGUUUCCCAGUUGGAAGGCUUCACAGGCAGUUCAAAUUUCAAGACAGGAGCCUUCCCUUUACAAUGUCACCCACUGUCUCCAGUGGGCUUGCUGAAAUGUCACAUAGUGAAUUAUAGCAAUGACUUAUUUUGGAUGGACACCCGCUAAAAAUUUCCAAUAACCGAAUUUCAUUCUAAAACAGGAAAGAAACAAUAUUCAAAGUCCAUUCAUUCAAUACAUCUUUUUUUUUCUGUUCAACGGGGGGUGGUCCUUUGAAAUAGCACCUCCCCUAAGUAAUAAGGAAAACCAGGUAUAUUCCCUAAAGUGUUGAAGUUAGCAGAAAAAUCACCCAGAAAAGCCCAAAACAAUGAAAAGAGUACAGAAACAGGCAUAGUGUAGGUUCAUGCUUGAGAUGGAGUAGUGGUUUAUUCCAUCCCAUUCUAUCCUUUCCCAUAUCUCCUGUCCCCACUUGUUAAGACCAGUAAGACUCAUGAAGCAGCAGCUAUAUUUCAUGGCACCAUUUUGGGUCAUGAAAUUCCAUGUUGGUCACCAAGCCCGACUGUGGUGGUAGAUACUGUUACUUUGAUGUUCCAAACCCUGCCUAGAAACCUGUUCCUGUCCCAUGAUCCCAGCCUCACCACCCCCACUUGAAACAGCCCUGCCUACUAGUGUCCUGUCCUCUUCCCUCUUGGCUUUUUUCCUGCUCCCAGCGGAACCCAGUCAAGGGAUUCUAUAGGAGAAGAGGGAGCCCAACAAUACUAACUUCAGUGGAGCUGACUCUGCUUAUACAAUAGGGGUGGGCUGUACAGAGUGGAAACCCCCGAGUACCUGGUAGAAUGUGCAUUUCCAUGGCCCACUGUAGGCCCCUCUCUUAGAGCAAACAGUAUUUUAGGUGUGCUCUUUAUUGAACACAGGACCACAGUGUGUCAUUGAAUCUUCUUAAACAGAAGCAAUUAGAACGAUUUAUAUAUAGGGAGGGCACAAGUAAUGAAUAACCCAGGGGAUAGACCAAGAAGCAGCUCUCUGGAAAAGAGUCUGGAAUUAAAAAGACAGCUGUACUAGAACAAUAGCCACUGCCUGCUCCAGAACUAGGGGGGAGAUAUUUGAGCUGGAGCCACCAGAGAAAAUUUCUAUCGAGAAGUUUUUAUUUGUUUUUCUGUUGGUUUUUUGUUGUUUUUGUUUUCUUCUAAUCUUUCUCCGAAGUAUCACUCUGGUAUUGAGAAAUUUUUAUCUCAUUAGCUAACCUGGGCUUGGUGGUUAAAGCUAAUACUUGUAUUUAGAAUGAUUCUCUGUCAAGAAAAGUCUUGGCUUUAGAGUUUGUUAUAGUUGGGGAUAUAACAAUUACUAUGAUCUAAGAGAAAAAAUAGCACCUUUGGUUGUAGAUAGAUGUGGUUUUCCUCACAGCCCUCACAUCCCUUCAUGUAAAAGGGAUUUUAACAGGAUUUACGGAGGGAAUUGCUCUCAGUUCCCACACUGUGACAUGUGUUUGAGGAAUUUUGCCUUUAAGCAGUUUUCUUGCACAUGGCUGAAACACCCCUGGCUCUCUUGUUAUUUGAGUGGUUGCAUGAUUCUUUGGAUAUUUGGAAGU